CCUACAGCUUUAAUUUCCUCUUCCUCCUGCAGGUUGGCUGCAGUAGGGGACACCUCGUUACUUUUGCCUGUGGAAAUGUUUGUUGUGUUUGUGGUGGUAAGGAAGAGGUCUAACAGGGUGCAAAGCUAAACAGGGGUGAAGCUGAGUCUUCUGUGUAAGGAGCUGUCUCUCUGUAGACACUUUCUGAUGGUGGCUACUGCCUAAGUUGUGAAAUGUGAGCUGAUAGUUUAAAAUGUGGACCUUGCUGAUGAAGUCCGUGGAGAGUGAUGAGUAGUGUUUCCCAUAAGUAUAAUUUGUGGUUUAUAAGGUCAGAUUAUUUUAUCAUUAUACUGAACUUAACUGAAAAAAGUCUAAACAUAAACUGUUAUUACCUUAUUAUCAUGUCAUUGAUGUUUUAUUCCAAACAGAUCAGUGUUGGAUGUAUGUGGCCGAGACACUAAAACCUUAACAUAAAGAAAUGAAUGUGAUGUGAUACAUAACUGUGUUCACAGUUUCUUCUGGUAAAAUCAUCUUCUUCUUGUUUUAUAGAAAGAUCAUGGGAGAACCUGUAGAACAACCACCAACCAAAGCAUCAGCAGAGGAGGAGCUUGCCAGCGUGCGGUCAGCCUUUGUUUGUAGGGUGUCACCAGAAAUCCUCACACAGCUCCUUGAAGAUCUUGUAAGUGACGGUGUCUUAAAUGAAUUGGAGAAAGAAUCAAUACUGGAAGGGAACCCAGUCAGAGCAGACAAGGCACGCUGCUCCAUCGACUCAGUGAGGAAGAAAGGCGACCAAGCCUGCAGGAUAAUGAUCAGACAUCUUCAGAGUAUAGAUCUCUCUCUUUUUUCUCAGCUGCGUUUAUACUCUGAUCCAUCUGCUCAGCAAGAUGUUCUUCAGGAUUGUCAGCCUAAAUUCAAGUCUAACCUGAAUAGGAAGUUCCAGUGUGUGUUUGAGGGGAUUGCUAAAGCAGGAAACCCAACCCUUCUGAAUAAGAUCUACACAGAGCUCUACAUCAUAGAGGGAGGGACUGCAGAGAUCAAUGAUGAACAUGAGGUCAGACAAAUUGAAACAGUAUCCAGGAAACCAGACAGGCCAGAAACAACAAUAAGAAAAGAAGACAUCUUUAACGACUCACCUGGAAGAGAUAAACCAAUCAGAACCGUGCUGACAAAGGGAGUGGCUGGCAUUGGGAAAACACUCUUAACA